AUGGACUCCAUACUCUCAUUGGCCAGCUCGCUCUGGCAGUCUCUCACCUUCUGGAAAGCCCUUGCCAUCGGGUUCGCAUUGCUGAAUCUCAAGACCCUACCUUUGGUUUGGCACAUUCGCGUCUACCGCUACUACUUCCAGAAUGGCUACCUCUUCACCCCCGCCGUCGAGCAACCGCCCUCCCCCAGCACCGACAUCCUCAAACCGAAAAGCAUCUUCACCCGCGCGCCAAUCAUGGAAAUCGACAUGAACAUGCACAAGUCCAACUCGACGUACUUCUCCGACCUGGACGUCUCCCGAACAGCCCUCAUGGGCUCCUUGAUGAUCAAGGGCGCCGCAUUGCUCGAGAAACACCUCCAGAAGCAGGGCAAACGCGGCCCACUCCACUUCGUUCUCGGCGGGGUCUAUACGAGCUUCAAGCGCGAGAUUCCAGCCUAUAUGAAGUACGAGGUCCAGUCCCAUAUCGCCUCUUUCGACGAUAAAUGGAUUUAUAUCGUGACCUACUUCAGGAAAAUGAAGGUCUCAGCCGAUACAGAGGAGGCUCAUAAGAAGAGGCUGCUUGCUGUUUCGAUUAGCAAGUACGUGCUCAAGAAGGGGAGGUAUACGGUUCCUCCCAAGGAUGCAUUUGAGGCGGCUGGGUAUAGGCCUUUGAUUGCGCCUGCGGCGAAUGGUACGGCCAAUGGCACUGCGGCGGAGGAGGUCAAAUCUGGUCGUGCUUGGGAUGAUAACAGUGAGUGGGGGCAAUUGCAGAAGGAGAUUCUCAAAGGAAAGGAAAUGGUUCAACCGUUUAUUGACCAGGAGGAGAAGCUGUUGGGUGAUUAUAUGGAGAAGAUGAAGCUCCCUGCGUUUGCAUAG